AUGGACUUCCAUCAAAAGAACAAAAUCAAUAUCAGCUCUCUCUCCCUCAACGAGCAACGACUCUUUCGCCUCUACGGCAAGCUCCCCUCCGAAUUCGGCCACCUCACGGAGCACAAAUACUUCGACUCUGGUGACUACGCUCUCUCCAAAGCCGGAAAAGCUAGUUCGGUCGACACCGAAAGCGUUGGCUCUCAGCAUCCUCUCCCAAAGAACAUACCACAUCUCUCUUCCCCUAGCGUAGGCAUCGCAAGCCAGGGCGGUAGUGGCAAUAGCAACGUUAAUCCGGGAACCGCUGGUGGUUCACAGAGUGCAAGUCCGGUUAAGGAUAGUAGCCAUUUGAGCAGGGAGUCUAGUGUUGAUCUGUUGGAGGACAAAAAGAAAGCGGACAAGGUGGUUGGUAGUGCUAACCCGUCGCCUGCGAAGGACUGA